AUGGAUGAAGAUCCCACCCACUCUCAGCUGGACGUGACGGUGUUGGGGGAUGUUAGUCGAGAGGUCACCUACACGUCUGGCAGUGGCAACGACAAUCGAAAGCGAAAUGUGACUAUGUGGACGAAGAAACGGUCCCUCGCGGUGCCUGUCCAUGUCGAAGAGACUCUUACCGGACUGGUCAGAGUGAUCAAGAAGGUCAAGCCUCAUAGCCCGCAAGUGAAAGACUGGCGACCUGAGAUUCAGCUCAUGGGGAGGGUAUCUGAUGAGACUUCGCUAUUUAUCCAGCUAUACGGCUGGUUCUGGUCCGGAGACUUCGUGUGCAUCGCCAUGGAAUAUUGCCCCCUCGGGGAUCUCGCCGCUUGUUUCAGCGAGCCCUUGUCCGAGGUGGUGACGUGGGGAAUGUGCAGCCAGCUACUUCAAGGCCUCGCAAGAUUGCAUGAAAUGGCCAUUACCCACAGAGAUAUAAAGCCGCAGAACAUCCUAGUAGUCACGAAAGACCCUCUUUGGGUCAAGAUCGCGGAUUUCGGGAUCAGCAAGCAGGCACUGGAUGGCGAGACAGAUCUCCGUACUCCUCGCGCAGGGACCGAAGGCUUCAUGGCCCCUGAGAUCCUAGGGCUCACCAGCAAUGCGAGGAAGGAGUCCAAGUAUACCAGUGCGGUAGAUAUAUGGUCUCUCGGAUGUCUGCUCCACUAUGCACUAACGAAGGAGUCACCCUUCCCGAAAUACCAAACACUCGCCGAUCACUGUAGGGAUUUGGUGCCCUACCCAGAGGCUGCGCUGACACGAAGGGGCAUCAGCCUCUCGGGCCGGCUGUUCAUCAAGAAGCUCCUGGUCCUCGAGCCUACGGACCGACCUGCGGCAUCUGUCGACCUGAUGUCUAAGUGGACUGUCACUGAGACGGCGCAUAGACUAGACUUGGACUGA